AUGAGUUCUCUUCACCUAUUGAAAUCUAGCCCAUCGCAUUCGCGCGCGGAAUUGAGCUGUUUCUGCUCGAAAUUCAUUGCCAAGGCAUCUGUGAAAAGGAAUCUCAGGCUUCAAGACUCCAGAUUCGUACUUAAUAAUGGGAGGUUAUCGGUUACCUGUAAACUUCGAGAAACCGAAAGCCAAAGCAACGGUGAAGAACCUCCUGAGUCUUUGUUUAUGAAGGAACUAAGGAGACGAGGGAUGACCCCUGCUUCGUUGCUUGAGGAGAAAAACAGGAGCAUUGAAGGAGAUGAUGGUACGAAAUUCAGGGAAGAAGAUGGGGGUUGGGGUUCCUCAAUAAGAAAUGGAGUCAUGACUGAUUAUGAAAGAAACCUAUCUAAUCAAAGGGAAACAUCAAUGGCACUGAAUAGCGAAGGCCUUGAGGGUUUGAUUCCACGGGCUAAACUUUUGCUUACCCUUGGAGGAACUUUCUUUCUGGGGUUUUGGCCAUUGAUUCUUGCAACCAUUGCAUUCUUUUCUGCCCUCUAUAUGUAUUUUGGAUCAGAUUUUGUUCACGAUGCAAGUAAAACUCCCAUUUCUCCACCUUCGUACAUUGAUCCGUACUCGCUGCUUGAAGAAGAGAAGAUAUAUAAAAUGGCUCCUCGUCUACAGUGA